CGCCACGUACCUUUCCCUUUUUUUGGGCAGGGGAGACGCUGGCAGGUGGCUGCCGGCCGACCGACCCUGCUCUCGGUUCCCCUGGCCCAGACUUUUGUCUUUCCUUUCGCCCUUCAUAGACCGGCCGAGCUUCUUCCCUCUCCACCCCUACCCCGUGGAUGCCCCAGGGAUCCUCACCUGUUCUCUCAGGAGCUGGCUUAAAAGGAAAGCUUAUAUAGGCCCAGGGAAAGCCCCCUCCCCUCAAGGGAGGAAGGAGCCCCCACUCUCCCCCCAUCUCUCUCUCUCAAGGGGUUAUUUCGUUGCAUUUUCCCUUUUCCUUUCCACACGGUGAAAUAGGACCUUCGCUAUUGUAGUCCCCAACCUUCUCCUUGCCCCCCCCCCCUUGCCACUUUUCUUUCCCUGACAUCCCUUGAGCAUAAACUUAAAUCGGCUCAGAAGGACAAGGUCCGCCAGUUUAUGGCAGUUACCCAGGCUGGUGAAAGGACUGCUAUAUACUGCUUAAUGCAGAAUGAAUGGAAACUAGAAGUGGCAACAGACAACUACUUCCAGAAUCCAGACUUGUACUACAAAGAAUCCAUGAAAAUUUCAAUAGACAGAAAGAAAUUAGAGCACUUGUAUAACAGGUACAAAGACCCACAGGAUGACAAUAAAAUUGGCAUUGAUGGAAUUCAGCAAUUUUGUGACGAUUUAAAUCUGGACCCUGCUAGUAUCAGUGUUUUGGUCAUAGCAUGGAAAUUCCGGGCAGCGACUCAGUGUGAAUUCAGUAAAAAAGAAUUUGUAGAUGGCAUGACAGAGCUGGGGUGUGAUACCACAGACAAGCUAAAAUCUCUUUUGCCAAGACUGGAACAAGAAUUAAAGGAUCCAAUGAAGUUUAAAGAUUUUUAUCAGUUUACUUUUAACUUUGCUAAAAACCCUGGGCAAAAAGGUUUAGUGGAGGCAUGGCAAGCUAAACACAUCUCUGUGGAGACUGAAGAUAACAACCACAGCAAAGACCAAAGAACCGAUCUAGAAAUGGCAAUUGCAUAUUGGAAUUUAGUGUUAUCAGGAAGAUUUAAAUUUUUAGAUCUUUGGAAUAAAUUUUUAUUGGAGCAUCAUAAAAGAUCAAUCCCUAAGGAUACUUGGAACCUUCUUUUAGACUUUGGAAAUAUGAUUGCAGAUGAUAUGUCAAACUAUGAUGAAGAAGGAGCGUGGCCAGUCCUAAUAGAUGAUUUUGUGGAAUACGCAAGACCAGUAGUCACAGGAGGAAAACGUAAAGCUUCCUAACCAUGACUUCUCAGUGGACUAACUCUGCAGUCUGAACUGCAUCGGGUAAUGAAGACUUUUGGCCAAUAACUGUGCACACUGUCACCGAUUUCAAAAGUUGAGGUGGGAUGCCACUGACAAAACAGAAAUCGCUACUUCUGCAAGAAAAUGAUGGCUGACUCAUGGACACUGCAAGAAGAAAUUCAAAAGAUAGCCAAGGCUAUCAGUAGAAUACUGGCUUCAAUUACUGUACUGGUUGUAUUAUAUAGGAUGUAGAUUUUGCAUGAUUUUAUACUUUGGAAAAGUUUAACUAGAGGCCAUUUUAGUAAAAUUUUGACAGCACAGCAUGCCAUUCAGUUCAUAAUACAGGGUGAACACCAGCAGUUACAUAAAUACAACUGUAUUAUAUUGUACUUAUAUUAAAAGCAGUAUUUGUGAUAUAUAAAUUAAAUCUCUAAAUAAAA